AUGAUUUAUAAGAGGAAGCUGUGCCCUAUAAAUUUUUGUAGACUCACCAAAACCCCUACCUUCAGCUCUGCAUUUCACGAUUUCAAUUCACGGAGUCUCUGUACAAAUGAACUCAAUAGUUGUGGAGGAAGUUUCAGGUUAUGGAGCUCUAUAACGGGUUUCAAUUUAGUUUCUCCUAGAUUUUCUGUACCAGAAAAACCCAAUUUUGUGAGGAGCUCUGGGUUUUCGAGUGCAAAUUUGGUUGAAAACCCAUUUUCUUUAGGCCCUGGUUUGAUUAGAAAAUACUCUUCUGGGAAGAACAGGGAUGAGUGGACUGAGGAAAUUGAGUAUUUGGAUGAAUCAGGCAGUGUAAUUUACACUGGAAAAGGUAUACGGUCCGUUGAGCCAGGGCUCGAUGAUCAUGUAAUGGUGGGUGAGUUGAAGAAGCCUUUUUUGAAUGCCUCUGCGAUUGCUAAGAUUGUUGAGGUUGUGAAGAGGUGGAAAUGGGGGCCUGAAUUAGAGACCCAAUUGGACAAACUCCAGUUUGUACCAAACAUGACUCACAUUACUCAAGCCUUGAAGGUUAUUAAAGAUGGUGAUGGGGCUUUGACGUUGUUUCGAUGGGCUAAGAGGCAGCCUUGGUAUUUACCAAGUGAUGAGUGUUAUGUGAUAUUGUUUGAUGGCCUAAACCAAAGUAAGGACUUCGAUGGAAUUCAAUCAUUAUUUGAUGAGAUGGUGCAGGAUUCAAGUAAUAAGGGGGUUUUAUCAUCUAGCGCAUAUAACCGUGUCAUUCAGUUUUUGGCUAAAGCUGAUAAAAUGGAGGUGUCGUUUUGUUGCUUUAAGAAGAUUCAAGAUUCAGGUUUCAAAGUUGAUACUCAAACAUAUAAUUCGCUUAUAACCCUGUUUUUGAAUAAGGGUUUACCUUAUAAGGCAUUUGAGAUAUAUGAGAGCAUGCAAGCUGCAAACUGUUCAUUGGAUGGAUCAACCUAUGAGUUAAUGGUACCAAACUUGGCAAAAUCGGGCCGCCUUGAUGCUGCAUUUAAGCUCUUCCAAGAAAUGAAAGAAAGGAAUUUUAAACCCAGCUUUAAUGUCUUUGGAUCGCUUGUUGAUUCAAUGGGAAAAGCUGGGAGAUUGGACAUGUCAAUGAAGGUAUACAUGGAAAUGCAUGGUUAUGGUUUCAGACCAUCUGCUCCCAUGUAUGUUUCUAUGAUUGAGUCAUAUGUGAAGGCUGGGAAAUUAGAUGCUGCCCUUAGGCUUUGGGAUGAGAUGAAGAAAGCAGGCUUUAGGCCUAACUUUGGGUUAUACACAAUGAUUGUUGAGUCCCAUGCAAAGUCAGGGAAACUUGAUAUUGCAAUGUCUACCUUUACAGAUAUGGAGAGGGUUGGAUUUCUACCCACUCCAUCUACAUAUUCGUGUCUAUUAGAAAUGCAUGCUGCCUCAGGACAAGUAGAUUCUGCUAUGAAGCUGUAUAACUCAAUGACCAAUGCAGGUUUAAGACCAGGUCUAAGUACUUACACCUCCCUUUUGAUGCUCUUGGCUAAUAAGAAGCUCGUGGAUGUGGCUGCCAAAAUUUUGCUUGAGAUGAAGACCAUGGGAUAUUCUGUUGAUGUGAGUGCUAGUGAUGUUUUGAUGGUGUAUAUAAAGGAUGGUUCUGUUGAUCUUGCCUUGCGGUGGCUACGUUUCAUGGGUUCCUCAGGGAUUAGAACAAAUAACUUUAUAAUCAGACAGUUGUUUGAGUCAUGUAUGAAGAGUGGUUUGUAUGAGUCAGCAAAGCCUCUCCUAGAAACAUAUGUGAAUGCUGCUGCAAAAGUAGACCUCAUUCUUUACACAUCCAUUCUGGCCCAUCUUGUCAGAUGCCAAGAAGAAGAGAACGAGAGGCAUUUGAUGUCAAUACUUGGUGCCACAAGACAUAAGGCACACGCUUUUAUGUGUGGACUCUUCACGGGCCCAGAACAGAGGAAACAACCAGUCUUAUCUUUUGUGAGGGAAUUUUUUCAAGGUAUUGAUUAUGAGUUGGAAGAGGGGCCUGCUAGGUACUUUGUUAAUGUUCUCCUGAACUACCUUGUUCUUAUGGGGCAGAUAAACCGAGCUCGAUGUGUUUGGAAAGUUGCCUACGAGAAUAAGCUUUUCCCGAAGGCGAUAGUUUUUGAUCAGCAAAUUGCUUGGUCCCUGGACGUUAGGAACUUAUCAGUUGGAGCUGCACUAAUAGCCGUUGUGCAUACUCUCCAUAGGUUCAGAAAAAGAAUGUUGUAUUAUGGUGUUGUCCCCAGGAGAAUUAAAUUGGUCACGGGACCGACUUUGAAGAUUGUGGUUGCACAGAUUUUGAGCUCAGUGGAAUCUCCAUUUGAGGUUAGCAAAGUGGUGCUGAGGGCUCCGGGAGACGCUGUCAUGGAGUGGUUUAAGAAACCUAUUGUUCAACAGUUUCUUCUGAAUGAGAUUCCAUCAAGGUCUGACAUCCUCAUGCACAAACUGAACACUCUUUUUCCUAGUUCUGCACCUGAAUUGAGAUCUCUGGCCCCUCCCAAAAUGCUCAUGACAAGGAAAGCGAUGUAA